UACUUUAAAGUUAAAUCACAGUUAGAGGAAUGCACUCCAGAUUAACAAAACACAUUUUAGUUGAAUCCCUAUGAUUCAGUCUACUCUGAACUUCAGCCUCACUUGUUCUUGAAGUGAUUUAAGUAGAGCAGAGAUAAGUGUUUACUUAGAUCAUAUCUCUCCAUUUACAUGUAAGUUUAUCUCACAUGACACAGAUAAGUGGAGGGUUGGUAGUUGUCUUUGGGAAGUGAACCUGAGGCUGAAGUCCAUCUGUGACUGGGCAGCAGAAGGCUGUGUGAAAGGACCUGCAAUCAGUCAACUCUCAGCAACCGACAGCCCUGCAUGCAUUCCGGUGCUUCUCAUUCAACAAUUGGAGAUUAAAACAGUGGAGUUGUAGGAGUAGAUUUGGGUACAGACGAGAACAUAUCUUAUACGGGGUCAUCCUUGAAGCAAAGGAAAGUGGAGGAUGCAGUGUGUGAGAUGCUGGCGGCUGGCAGCAGCCCUGCUGCUGCUCAGUGUGACUGGAGUUGACAUGGAGCACCUCCAAGCUGAGAACCUAAAUCUUCUUCCCCCCGAUGAACACAACUUGGUCCUGAAUGGUGGAAUGAGAGUGCUGCCCAGAGACUGCCAUGAAAUGCUGAUGACCUCUUCGGGCAAGGCCAGAGACGGGGUUUACCUGAUCCAACCAGGUGACUUCCCAAUCGUGGCCUACUGUGCCAUGGAGGAGGGAGGCUGGACGGUGGUGCAGCAUAUCACCGUCAAUAGCAGCGUGGAUUUUGAUUGUACCUGGGCUGAAUACAAGAAUGGCUUUGGGGCUGUAACUGGUGAUCACUGGCUCGGCAAUGAAUACAUUCAUCAGCUCACCCGGGGCCCCGGGCGAUACACACUGGGAGUAAAACUAGUGGACCGAGACGCCGUCACUAAGACGGGGGAGUAUGAUCCAUUCCUGGUGGAGAAUGAAUCAUCAGCAUACAGGCUGAGGCUGGGCUUGUUCCAGGGCUCAGCUAUAGACGCUCUGACCCUGGACACAGAGAACUACCUGCAUGACAACCAGAGGUUCACCACUAAAGACAGAGACAAUGACAACUACUUUCAAAAUUGUGCUAAGCUGGAGUUUCAGGGGGUGCCAGGAGGAGGUUGGUGGUAUGAUGCGUGUGCUGGUGCUAACCUCAAUCGCAGGAAUGUUAUCUACUGGCAGAAGGACUGCAAUAAGGAGCGACUGUGCAAGUAUGCAUGGAUGAUGGUGAAACCUUCAGACACAGUUAAACUGAUUCAAAGUGGAGUCUGCAAGAAGGAUGAGCUAUGAGGAACCAGGAUUUGGCAACUAUUGUUUUUUUUAAGGUCAUUUUCUUUGAAUAGCCAUUAAGCUGGACAUGCAAUUUACCACUUUUUAUUCAGAAAUGCAUGAACAGGAUCACAAAAUACUGAAAACAACAAAAUAAGAAUCACGAAAUUGAAACACAGUAUAAAAAAGCAGUACAUUUUAGCUCUAGCUCCAUUGAUCACCAUGUCAAUACAUGAAGCAAAACGUCUCAUAAUUCCCCAAAUUGCAAGUGCAGAUUCAUCACACUUACAAAAAGUGUUUCAUGACAUUAUAGCUUAUGACACAUGUACAUUUUUCCCCACGUCAUCUCCGAUCCAAUGCUUACACGAAGGAACAUUUCACAAAUAGCAUUUUAUUUGCCACAAUACAUUACACGUUUUCCAGAAGUACAAUGAAGAUAUGAUAACAAAUUUACUAAGCUACAUUAAUUGAGAGGAAGAAAAAUACUAUAUUUCAAUGCUAAAAAAAGAAAAGAAAAUAUCCUGAGGAUUAUGACAAAUAAACAAAUUGUAAUAAACAAUGUGUACUCUUAAAUCCUCUACAACAGCCCCAUUGUAAACAUUGUUGAGCAAGUUUGUCAUGUAGUUUUAGAAGGAUUAGAUGUUCAGUUUGAAAAUGUGUUCGGGUUUGGGGUUAUUUAUUGUUUUUUGUCAUGGACGUUUAUUUUUUAGAUUUUGCAGGACAUAUGUGAAAACAGCAAAGCUGAAUUCAUAAACACUUACUCGCAAAGGACAAUGGCACGUGUGAAAAGGCUUUGAUUUAUCAUUAUCAUCAAGUUACAAUCUUGAUUAUGCAGGCAGGUUCUGACCUUAGGAAAACAUGUAUUAGUCCUUUAAGUUAAAAUAGCAACAUUAAAAUGUGCAUUCUCAAUACAAAUAAAAAAAUGUAAAUUCCAACAGAAUAAAAUUGCAUGUGUUAUGAAUUUUAAAAUAAUUUGCAGUGUUAUCAGAGGUUUGGAGCAAUUUGAUAAUGAUACAGAUGUUAUACUGUG